AUGCUUGGAAGGUUCAACGGACGACUAAAAUUGCACGGUAGGCAAAGCACCGGCACGAUUUAUGUUUCAGCUCGAAACCUGAAUCUUCUUGGCACUGACUGGAUGGAAGCUCUCGGUCUAUGGGAUGUGCCCAUCUCAGCCGUGUGCAGCAAAGUUGCCACCGCCAGCACUCCGUUGGAAGAAGAAGUAAAGUCGAAGUUUCCCUCACUGUUCGACUCAUCGCUUGGAUUGUGUAAUAAGAUGAAGGCAUCGCUUACACUCAAGGUAGGAGCUCAGCCAGUCUUCAGGAAGAAACGCCCGGUCCCAUUCGCAGCGGCCGCCCAAAUUGAAAGCGAGCUCAAAAGGCUGCAACUGUUGGGAGUCAUCGAACCGGUCACGACCUCGGAAUACGCAGCUCCGUUAGUCGCCGUCAAAAAAAGGGACGGCCGUGUCAGAAUCUGUGCAGAUUACUCAACAGGACUCAACGAUGCAUUGGAAUCGAACCAGUAUCCAUUACCAGUACACGAGGAAAUUUUCGCCAACAUCGCGCCGUUCAAACUUUUCUCUAAGGUCGAUUUAUCAGAUGCUUUUUUGCAAAUCGAGCUCGAUGACAACGCCAAAAAGAUGAUGACCAUCAAUACUCACCUGGGACUGUUCCAGGUAAACCGCUUGCAACCCGGGGUGAAGACAGCUCCAGGCAUCUUCCAGAAACUCAUCGACGAAAUGCUCAAGGGAGCCAAGGGAGCUUUCGCUUUCAUCGAUGAUAUUAUCGUGGGUGGAACCGACAGCGCAGAUCACCGAAGGAAUCUCAUGGAAGUCUUGAAGAGACUGCAAGAUUACGGUUUCCAUCUUCGAAUCGACAAGUGUUUGUUCGCCCAGAAGAAGCUGGAAUUUUUGGGCCUGAUCAUCAGCGAAGAUGGUUUGAAACCGAGCACAGAAAAGAUCGAGCUACUGCGCAACAUCCCAUCACCAAUAAACGUUCAACAGCUUCAGUCGUUCUUGGGAGCCGUUACCUGGUAUGGAAAAUUCUUACCCAGCGUAAAAGAUUUGCGGGGACCUCUAGACGAAUUGUUGUGCAAAGAAGUAAAAUUCGAGUGGAAGAUGGUUCACCAAAAGGCUUUCGAGAAGCUAAAGGAAGCCUUGUCGUCCGACCUGGCAUUGACCUAUUACGAUCCGAAGAAGAAGAUCAUCGUCGCGGCGGACGCAUCAAGCUAUGGCAUGGGGGCAGUAAUCAUGCACGAGUUGAACGACGGAACACUUAAGCCCAUCAUGCACGCCGCACGAUCGUUCAACAGCACAGAGAAAAACUAUCCGCAAGUUCAGCGUGAAGCAUUGGCAUUGACAUUUGCUGUCUCAAAAUUUCACCGGUACAUUUACGGCCGCGCCUUUGAGCUGCACACGGAUCACAAACCAUUAUUAGCAAUUUUUGGUUCAAAGAAAGGAAUCCCGGUCCACACCGCCAGUCGUCUCCAAAGAUAUGCGCUCAUCCUACUGGCUUACGACUUCACAAUUAAGUAUAUCAACACGAAGAGCUUCGCUUAUGCCGACUUCGUCUCACGUCUCAUUGCCAAUCACUGCAAGGUUAAGGAAGACGUCGUCAUCGGAAGUAUUGGGAACGUAAAGAUCAACGCACAGUCGCACCUCUCUGACAGGUCGAACGAGAAAAAACCCAAAGACGAUUAUGAAGAUACAAUCUGUUUUGCAAUCGACACUGCCCAUACUCUGCCAGUCACUUUCCAAAUUCUGAAGGAAGAAACAGGAAAUUGUGCAACGCUGAAAAUUGUAGCACAAUACAUCGAACAGGGGUGGCCUGAAACGAUCAAAAAAUUCACUAACCCUGAAGCCGCAAAAUUCUUUACAAGCAAAGAUUCACUUACAGUCAUCGAUGGCUGCAUAUUUUUCGGCGACCGCAUCGUCGUUCCCACUCGAUUGCGCAAGCAGAUCCUCUGCGAGUUGCAUCAAGGACAUCCCGGCACCGCUCGCAUGAGGCUGCUUGCAAAAAGCAAAGUUUUCUGGCCAAAGCUUGAUGUCGACAUCCAGGAGCUUGUACGACGUUGUAAGAAUUGCGCAACAAACGACAAAACACCGACGAAGUGCACGUUGCAAUCCUGGCCGAUCCCGCAGGGUCCAUGGUCAAGAGUACAUGUCGACUACGCGGGUCCCAUCAAUGACUUCAUGUAUUUGGUAGUCGUUGACGCAUUUAGCAACUGGCCGGAGGUAUUCAAGAUGACAACAACGACAUCAGCAAAGACAAUCGAUCGACUCGAAGAAGCAAUCGCACGACAUGGCUUGAUGGACACUCUGGUUAGCGACAACGGACCACAGGCCAACUAA